AUGAUUUCUCCAAUUACUAGAACCCUUGCCCAGAAAUCUUUCAAAAGGUUCAGUUCUACAGUUGUUAGUUCUACAGGAGGUCCAGGUCCACAGGCCACGGUUCUUGCUACUUCUUUUGCUGGGUUCCUUCUUGGGUCAGUCGAACGGAAUAUUGCUGCUCCGUUCCCAAUUCAACUUGAUGCUCCAUUCGCUUUUCAACUUGAAACACCAUUUCCAAUUCAACUUGACAAUGUCGCGUUGUUUUCGGGCUUCUCCAGUUUAUGA